CCGGUUUGCUGAUGAUUGUUACGCUGAGAAUUGCGAUGAGACGAAUUAGCCUCAAGUGGAAAGAUUUCACAGCCAAAGUUGACCAUUUUUGGUCGAAAGGACCCGCCAGCCUUCGGUAUGUUGAACGUGUUGCUUCUAUGUGCCGGUAUUCGAACUCAAUUGGCUGUCGACUGGACUUGGGAACGUCCCGUUCGAUAUUUGGUACAUCUGAUUUCUGCUUAUCACUCAAUGGUGAUGAUUUUGCAAGCGGCUCAUGUUGUCGCCGAACAGAACGACGUUAUGGAUACUGCGUUUUGUCUAAUAAAGAUUGUUGGGAUGGGUUCGGCGUACAUCAAAAUACUUCUGCUGACUUACCACGCUAAUUCGGUUGAUGAGGUGGAACACUUCAUCAGAAGCAAACCGAUGAGUUCUGGCGAAGAUCAGUACGAUUCAACGGUUCGGGGAAAAUUCUUGCGAUCAACUUUGGUUAUGAUUCGUUGGGUGCUUGGAGUGCUCAUUGUGGAUGAAAUCUUGUUUGCCUUUCCAAAUUCUCAACGGAACAAGCUGUUCAAGUUGCCGCCGGCCAUGUCGUCGCUUGGAUCUGGCAUUACAGGAUGGUUAGCCAACUUUCUAUUCGUUAACUGGAUGCCGCUGAUUUGGUUGAGCAAGUACUUGUGCUGCACGACUAAGUUGGGUGUGCUUCUAAUGGGACUACGUGUUGAGUUCAAGAUAUUAACUCAUAAGCUCGAACAAAUAACGCGUCAGGCCAAAUCAAUUCAAUCUGUCGAAGACCAUUGCAAGUUCUUGAAAAAAGAACUUGAAGUAUUUCUCUACAAACAAGCUGAGUUGCGCAGGAACAUAGAGUUGAUCCGUCCACUUUUGGGAAUGGCAUUUUUCAUGAUUUACUACUACGCGUUGUUUUUCAUCGGGACCAUGUUGUACGUGACCCAUCACCAAGGAUUCGAGUUCUAUUCGCUGACGUUUGCUUCUUCGGUGGUGGUGACCUUAUUGGAGUGCUACUGGUGGUGCCAGCUGGUCGAUUCAAUUCAGGACGAUGCUGAAUCCAUGGGGAAUGAAUUGUAUGAUAUUUGCGCUGGAAUUCCUUAUGCACGCCAAAGCCACCGAACGUACGUGGAAAUGCGAACCAGCCUGAUGAUAAUCUGGAUUAAUGCUCGUCAUAGCCUAGCCAUUGAUUGUGUGGGAAUAUUCUCCAUUUCCACGGCGAUCUUUGUUCAAAUGUUAAACACUAGCUACUCGGUGUUGAUGUUCCUUAUUAACAUGGGUUGAAUAAGGAGAGUGAUGCUGAGAUCAUAUUUGCAUAAUUUCAAAUGUUACCAAAGUUUUUUAUAAACGUCGAUUGUGGUGUGGACUUAUCGGUCAAUUAUAUUUCACUGAUCGAUUAAUCAAUAAUAUGAACAGCAAUGUUAAAUGUUAUUAGUGCUAUCGAGUGGUAUUUCAAUUGGUGUUAUUAAUGUCAACAUAUUACAUAUUGAUGUUGAUAGCAAAAUGAAAUUAAAUAAAAAUGUAAAAUUACCUAACAGUUAUUGUUCCGAAUUGUUGAAGUGCGUUUUGUUUUAAAUUAGUGAAAUAACUUGGUCCAUCCUGACUUAACAUCGAUCAUCUGUAAGCACCAAAAAUCCAUCAGAACAUGCCAAGGUGUUUUCCAUGAUGCAAAGAAAUAUCACUAGGCUUCUGAAAAAUUAUCACAAAUCAAGGAAAACAAAAUCUUAAACUGAAAUA